AAAUGUGUCAAACCUAACUUUGUCGAGAAGCGGCUGCCUCGCUAAUGUCGUUCGUUUAGCUUUCUGUUACGAUGUUUAUAAGUUUCCGUUGUAAUUAAAUAUAAAUGUGGUUUCGGAAUUUUUAAACAAAGAAAGAUAAAUAAAAAUUCGAGUUGCAUAAUGUCAAGGCUGCGAUAUUUACAUAAUUAUUACAGGGCGUGUGUGGGCUUCUGUCAUUGAUAUUGAUUUGUUUUAUUUUAUAAGUUUGCUUUCUAUAAUGUAGUCAUAUCUAAGACGCUAAUUCUCUAUUAAGUGUUCAAUAAUUCGCACUAUGUGUUAACCGCUAGUGGAGAAUGGACAUGUGUCAUUAAAAUGAAAACAAAGAGCUUUCUGCUGUUUUCAACAUCUGUAUUUGCAAUAAGUUUAUUUCUGAUAGUAUUUCACUCCCAACCGCCUCAAUCAAUUCAAAAUAUCGUCACACAAACACACCAACAUAUAAAGGACUUUCAGGCGUGGGUCCCACAGGAGAAGCUUCGCGAUGUGGAGGCAAGCCAUCUGGUGGCGGGCGAGGAGUAUGGAAGGCUGCUGGGGCUGGACGGGCGCGCGGAGCUCUGGCGUAACACCACGCUGCCCGCGCUCGUGACGUACGCGCGCGGUGAUGCGCACGCCCUCGCCGUCGCCUUUGUACGCCAUGCCGCGCGCCUACCCUACACUGUGCUCCUUUACAACAUAGGCCUCAAGCCCUACUCCCUCUCUGUUGUGUCAAGUUACUGCAACUCGUCCAAGUGCGCGGUGGUGGACUUCGAUCUGAGCGCCUUUCCCUCGCAUGUUAGCGACGAGAGCAUCUACGCCUUCCGCCCCCUCAUCAUACAGCACGCGCUGAGUCGCGUGGGCGGAGUGAUCUUCAGCGAGAGCUCGCAGCGGUGGGUGGGGUCGCGCGCGCAGCUGGCGGCGCUGUGGGCGCGCGCGGCGCAGGGCGGGCUGGUGGCGUGGCCGCGCCGCGCCGCCGUCACCUCGCUGACGCAUCCGCGCAUGUUCACCUACCUGCGCGCGCGCGCAGACGACUUCCUCUUCGUGCAGAUGCUGGACGUGGAGCGGCUGCUGGUGUCGCCCGCCGCCGCAGACGUCAUGCGCCCCUGGAUACAGUGCGCGCUCACCCUCGACUGCAUCAUGCCCAUCGGUGCGCAGUCUGUGGGAUGCAGAUUCGACAAGAAGCCGCAGUACCGGUACUCGGGGUGCCACGCGCAGGACGCGUCGGCGCUGAGCAUCGUGCUCGGCCUCCGCUGGGGCUUCGACGAGACGCGGUACGUGGAGCGCGCGCCGCUGUGGCGCCGCCAGUCGGAGGCCGCCGCGCGCGCUGUCUUCGCCGACCUCCAGCGCAACACCACCGACGACGAGCGCGCCGACCAGCACGUCGAGCAGCACGUCGAGCAGCACGUCGAGCAGCACACCGAGCACCGCACCGAGCUGCAGCCGGAGCGGCUGACGGAGCCGCCGCGGCCCUGAGGCGGGGGCCGGGCUCCGGGCGACGUCUCCGCCUCCUCGCAGGACUGCGCACAUAACGCAAGUGGCACAACUUGAAGGUGGUUUUGCCACUUCAAUGUAAACUUGCGUAGCGCAGCUCCCUGUCCAGUUCACUCCCUUAUGAAAUCGAUUUUGUUUUACAAUAGCUAUCAAUAUGAAGAAGGCAGGUGUGAAACUUUUUUACAGGUAUGUUAAAUAGCCCACAGCAAUGUAUAGUGCGAGAGGUCGCGAGGUCGCGGGGAGUCAGACAAUAUUGUAAUAGUCGUCUGGGGACAGGAUCGGUUCUUAAAUAUAAGAGUUGUAACAGAAGUGUAGAUGUUAGUGAUUACAUACACAGUAUUAGUGCAUAUAUAUGUAACUGUGAGCUGUAGCGUUACUCCACUGUGAUCAUAUGUUUGUGCACAAAGUGACGAGAUCCGACUCGUCUACGAGUUUUUUAAGUUAAUAUUAUUUAUUUGGCAAAACUUGGAUGAUUAUUUGAUUUUUUUAAAUUAGUUUUUGCCCGAAUUAGGUAAAAACGAAGUGAUGUUUAUGCCAUAUCAAAGUUAAUUAACGAGCAUAUUGUACAGAAUAUUGGAUAUUUGAGGGAUCGCUUUUGCUAGCAAAUAUAUUUUUUAUUAUUUUUAUAAUUUGUAACAAGACAACAUAUAAUUGUGAUAACAUGGUACAAUAGUACAUAAUAUUUUAGUACAUAAAGUACACAAUGU